GAAGCUCUUGGGCUUAGACAAUAGCGAACGAUAACUGUAGAUCCGUCUUCGCACACACUCAUACCUGUCUGUCGUGUGUCUCUCCCGCCAACCUUCUAUCCCCCGACUCAACCGUGCCUUCUGUACCUUCCAUGCGAAGGCAGCACUGGAAAUUUCUCGCCGACAGGAUCGCCGAGCGAGUCUAGAACUGCGACCAAUCUACCGCUACCGUAUCCACGUUCCGUGCAUCUCCGCUGCCACUUAUCAUCUACCGCUUUCCAUACAUAUUGCGCCUUACAAAGAUAUCCUCGACCUCCGCCUCGCCUACGAACUCCUUGAAUUCGUCACGACGCGCUCAGUUGCCCAUGUUUUGGCCAGGUCGUUUGCUGCAUGUGCGGCUGGUUUAGAGGCAUCCAAUAACGACUUCACGAUCGAUUAAAAAUUAUCACAAUGUCGAUCUUGACGGUCGAAAUGGAUGGUGAUGACACGGGAUACUUUGAUCUCAACGACAGACCAAAGUCCCCGUGCUCAACACAUAGCAGCGACUCAUUUUCUUCGCACAUGCUUCCGCCGUCGGCCACUAUGGUGUCCCUUACCGCGCUGCAGUACUUGCCGAUUCCGUUACUCGUGCUUUCCGCUCAGAAGACCAUAACUCUGGCAAACGAAGCAAUGGGCCGUUUACUUGGUAUCGACUUCGAGAGUAUCGCGUUGCAUGACUUCUCUAUUUCAGAGGCUCUUCAAGGCAAGAGUGUCGGACAGCUUGGUAUUGAUAUCUUGCAGGAUGGUUCGCCAAUAUUGGUAUCGUGGGAGGCAUUCUUGGACGGCGUCGUUGAAGACUUUAAAAAAGACGGCCCAGACCAGCAUAGAGAUGACGUUACAGAUAGUGGCAACACUACACCCACUGCGCCACCAGGGCAUGGCCGCUCUAAAUCUCCAAGCGACUUGUCUCUACAUCGACUGAGUAGCACGAAUCUAGCGCAGACCACGGUACACGAUGUCUCUGUGGAGGUGGUAAUCGCACCCUCCGCACGGGGCAUCGACGGCGUCCCACGUAAAACUGAGAGAAAGGUUUCCUUCCAUACCGCAUUCCAAGCAUGCUGCAUCAUUUCGAUUUGGAACAUAGAAGACACUCAAUACUUCACCUUGACUUUUACAAGUGCUACAGCUGUCGAGCCUGUUAAGAAUUCGCGCCCUACAAGUCGGGUCGUGAAUCGAACAGGCACUGGGUCUGAGUCGCAUAACUCGCGCAGCUCCGCGUCCAGUUCAUCCUCCAGCCAUCGCUCAGGAAGUAGCUCGAAUCCCACAUCGAAGGCUGUUACGCCUAUUCUACAACAACCCGAGUUUCCCCCUCGUGGCCCACCCUCGACAGGCAGGAACGACGUGUCUGCUUCCGCCUCUAUCUUUCAGAAAGCCACUCAGUUGAAAGAUGCUAUCUUAAACUCAAUAAACAUGCCGUCAUAUGCUAUGUGGAAAGACGAAGGGUUUGGUAUACCCAACAAAGCGCUCAUGCGACUUUUGCCUAAGGAAGCAACAUUCGCGCCUGGUGAUCAACGAGCUUUUCUCCAACAAUUCAGAGUGUGGACCGAGGAUUUCCAACAAGAACUGCCACUCGAAGAUUUCCCGAUCAUGGAGCUCUGCCGUUCACGAAAGCGAAUGGAAAAAAGACGGUUUGGUAUGCGACAUCCGACCACUGGACAUGGAAUCGUAUUCGAAGUCAACGGUGAAAUAAUAUCGCACGAGGAGACUGGGGAAUUCCUAGGGGGAAUAGUAAUCUUCAAGGAUGUUACUGAAUACACAAAUCAGAUCGCAGCACAAAUCGAAGAGAACGAGAAACAAUUCGAGUACAUUGCCAAUUUUAUGCCUGUCAUGGUGUGGACAACGACGUCCGAUGGAAUGCAUGAUUGGUUUUCGCAGCGUUGGUACGAUUACACAGGGUUGACUGUGGAUCAGUCCAUAGGUGAAGGUUGGCGACUACCGUUCCAUCCAGAGGAUGUAGUUCGAUCUGCUCCUGCCUGGAUGCACUCACUCGCGACCGGUGAGACAUACAACACAGAGUAUCGAUGCCAACGAUACGACGGAGAAUGGCGCUGGAUGCUCGGCCGUGCUAUUCCAUUCCACGAUGAUGCGGGACGAAUAAUCAAGUGGUUUGGAACCUGUACUGAUAUACACGACUUAGUAGUGGCUCGACAAGAAGCGCGCCAGACCAGGGAACAACUUCGAAAAGUAAUCGAGCACGCGAAAAUUUUGUUGUGGGCAGUGAACCGGGAGAGCAAAGUGGUUCUACUCGAGGGCGUUUCGCAUUGGAAGUCAGAUUUAGGCCAGGAUACGUUGGGGGAAGAUAUCUUCAAACUGUUCAACAUGAGCGGCGAAAAGCGAGGACGUCAAGAGAAACUCUUUUCUGAAAUCCUUACUGGAAAGACACAGGAUGGAAUUGUCGAACAAGACCUGGCAGGUAGCGAUCGCAUUUAUCGGACACGUCUUGCUCCACUAUGGAGCACACCUCGAAUUGGAGGCGUGGAAGGCGAUUCGUUUGUUGACGGGGUCAUUGGUGUCUCGAUGGACAUCACUGAGUUACGGGCGAAGGAAGAUCAGCUUCGAGAGCAAGAAAAGGAAAAUUCAACGCUCCUAGCAAACGCAGCAGCAGCGAAGGAAGCAAGUCGGAUGAAAUCUCAGUUCCUCGCGAACAUGUCUCAUGAAAUCAGAACACCAAUUGCUGGUGCUAUCGGCAUGAGCGAACUUUUACUCGACAUGAACCUCAACGAAGAGCAGAAAGAAUGUGCAGAAAACAUACAUCGUUCGGCCAAUAGUCUCCUGACAGUCAUCAACGACAUUCUCGACUUCUCAAAAGUCGAAUCUGGGCGAUUGGACGUGGAAGAGGUGCAAUUCAGCCUCAGUGUAGUUCUCCGAGAUGUCAACAAGAUGAUGUCUUUCGCGGCACAAAGAAAGGGUCUGGUAUAUCAAAGUAUCAUACAACCAGAAGUUGAACGAGAUUUGAGAGUAGUGGGAGAUCCUGGAAGAUUGCGACAAAUUCUCACCAACGUCCUGACAAACAGUAUCAAGUUCACGUCGGAAGGCUCGGUCACGCUUAGCGUCGCAAUUACCCAUGAAUCCAAGGACACAGUCACAGUCAACUUCAAGGUCAAGGAUACAGGCAUCGGUAUCGAGGACGAAGUUCGCAAGCGUCUAUUCCAACCUUUCAGCCAGGCAGACUCAUCCACUGCUCGCCGAUUUGGCGGCACAGGUCUUGGCCUGACCAUCAGCAAGAAUCUUGUUGAACUUAUGAAAGGUCAAAUCGGACUUGAGUCGAAACUGGGUCAAGGGACUACAGCAUCAUUCUGGAUUCCAUUCAGCAGAGUACCCUACCAAGGCGAUGGAUCACCAUUGGUUGAUCUCGCGUCAAUCCCAGACCGGCUUCAAAGCGAUGUAUCAGUGUCUUGCGGGAGCUCCGAGAUUCACACACCGCCUGUGACACCAAAGCAUAUCGAUGGACACUCGAGAGUCCAAUCGUUCCCCAUGUUCAAUCCCAAGAUUCCAGAUCACGUUAUGAAAUUGUCUGAGAACGAAAGGAGGGAAAUUCAUAUUCUGGUUGUCGAGGACAAUCACAUCAACCAGCAAAUCGCCCUGAAGACAAUAAAAAAAUUGCACUUCUCAGUCAAUGCUGUCUGGAACGGACAAGAAGCUCUAGACUAUCUCAAACAAGAAUUUACGCCGUCUCAUCCUCAACCUGAUAUCAUUCUUAUGGAUGUACAGAUGCCGAUUUUGGAUGGGUAUUCCGCUACGCACGCGAUUCGGAGAGAGGCCCCUUGGAAAGACAGGCCCGAAGUCCGGGGUGUUCCAAUCGUUGCCAUGACAGCCAGCGCCAUUCAAGGAGACAAAGAGAAGUGCACGCUUGCAGGAAUGGAUGACUACCUGGCCAAACCAGUCAAGGGCAAGCUUCUGGAGAAGAUGCUUGUCAAAUGGGCAAUUGAAGGACGGCGAAAACCGGCCAAAGACGAGCCAUCCAUAGAUGACAACGAUCGACACGUCGCAACAGUCUCGGGCUCACUGAUAUCGGGUCUUGGUGCUAAGGAUGGCUCGAAUAUCGCAAGCCCUCCGAUUGGCUCUAAAACAACCUUCGAUGCCCAACUUGACCGCCUGCAUUUUCAGAACGACAAAGCCUUUGCGAAUUCCUCGGAAGACGAAGGGGACAGGGCCAUGCGACGCAUCCAUGCCGAAGAACGAGAUACCAAGUUACGAGACGACAAAUUAAUAUCGCUCACAGGGCCGCAGCUCAACCACCGUGGUAGAUCACAGGGGCAGGAAGUUGAACCAAGUAUGCCUCUGACCGAAGAGAACAUUGGGAGACUGGCCCACGAGCAGGACGAAGACGCUGCCUUGCUACAUGAGUCGAGUCGUGAGGUUGACGCCAGCUCGAACGUAGUCAACCAUUCUCAAAGUUUGAUCGAUGGCAAAGGCGCGCAUCUCUCUGCGCGACCAUCAUUACCAGCAAACCGGGUUCGCGACAGCGAGCUGACAGUCACUGGACACCUCUCUAGAUGAAGUGAGAGUGGUGUCGACACAUGAAAACAGUUGAAUUUGGGGGGUCUCGACAAGGACCGCAAAUGAAGUUGACUUGCGCCUAGUCGAAAAUGCCGACUGUAUCCAGUCUGGCGAUGAUCCCAUGGCCCGUUAUAUAAGGGUUAGUUUGCAAUGAACGCAGUGAAGAGCGUAAUGGGAUAUGUUGAGGGAU